GACACCAGAACGGAAAUGAUGGUGGAAGUUGGCUGCGGCGGCUGACGUGCCACGAAGCCGACGUUCAUGUUUGGAUGAAGUUUUUGCGUGAAAAUACUACCGUAUCAAUUCCACAAUGUUGACGAAGUUUGAGACUAAGUCGGCACGAGUCAAAGGACUGAGUUUUCAUCCAAAAAGACCGUGGAUCCUUGCCAGUCUUCACAAUGGCAUUAUCCAACUCUGGGACUACCGAAUGUGCACAUUGCUCGAUAAGUUUGACGAGCACGAAGGACCUGUAAGAGGCAUUUGCUUCCAUAACCAACAGCCCUUGUUUGUUUCUGGUGGCGAUGACUACCAAAUUAAGGUGUGGAACUACAAGCAGCGCCGCUGCAUCUUCACUCUGCUGGGGCACUUGGACUACAUCCGCACCACCACUUUCCACCACGAGUACCCGUGGAUUUUGAGCGCUUCGGAUGACCAGACCAUUCGAGUCUGGAACUGGCAAUCGCGGGCAUGCAUAUGUGUGCUUACAGGCCACACGCACUAUGUAAUGUGUGCCCAGUUCCAUCCCACGGAAGACCUCAUGGUGUCAGCUUCACUGGACCAGUCCAUCCGCGUGUGGGACAUGGCAGGCCUCAGGAAGAAAAAUGUUGCUCCAGGACCUGGUGGUCUCGAGGACCACCUCAAGAAUCCUGGCCAUACGGACCUGUUUGGAACGUCUGAUGCCAUUGUUCGGCACUUCCUUGAUGGCCAUGAGCGUGGUGUCAACUGGGCAGUCUUCCACCCCACCAUGCCCCUGGUGGUGUCCGGUGCGGAUGACCGUCAGAUCAAGUUGUGGCGCAUGAACGACACCAAGGCAUGGGAGGUUGACACUUGCAGAGGUCACUAUUGCAAUGUGUCAUGUGUUGUCUUCCACCCUAGACAAGAACUGAUCUUGAGCAACUCGGAAGACAAGAGCAUCCGUGUAUGGGACAUGUCCAAACGCACCUGUCUUCACACCAUGCGCCGCGAACAGGAUCGCUUCUGGAUUCUCGCUAGUCAUCCCAGUCUGAACCUCUUUGCCGCAGGUCAUGAUAAUGGCAUGAUUCUCUUUAAGCUGGAACGCGAGAGGCCGGCCUUUGCCCUGCACGGAAACCUGCUGUACUACGCCAAGGACCGUUACUUGAGACGCCUGGAUUUCACCACUUCCAAGGACGUUGCUCUCCUGCAGUUCCGUGGAGGCAACCGCUGUCCAGUGUUCAGCAUGUCCUACAAUCCUGCAGAGUCCUCUGUCCUGCUGAACACGCGGACUUCCAACGCUGACAACAGCACCUACGACCUCUGCUCUGUCCCACACACUGUGGACUCUCAAAACCCAGAGGUGGUAGAAGGGAAACGUUCUUCCGGACUCACCGCCGUCUGGGUGGCCAGAAACCGCUUUGCCGUGCUGGACCGCAAUCACAAUGUUGUAAUCAAAAACAUGAGGAAUGAAGUGAACAAGAAAGUGCAGACCCCACCAAACGUAGACGAGAUCUUCUUUGCCGGAACCGGAAUGCUGCUUCUCAGGGACUUCGACGGUCUCAUCCUGUUUGACGUCACCCAAGGAAGGCACCUGGGAUCCGUGAAAGUGGCCAAGGUGAAGUACGUGGUGUGGAGCGUGGACAUGAACCACGUGGCCCUGCUCUCGAAGCACACGCUGACUGUCUGCAACCGACGUCUCGAAGUCCUCUGUAGCGUCCAGGAGAGCACCAGGGUCAAGAGUGGCGCGUGGGACGACUCGGGCGUUUUUGUCUAUACCACUUCCAACCACAUUAAGUACACUCUCACAAAUGGCGAUCACGGAAUAAUCCGUACCCUCGACCUGCCCAUCUACAUCACCCGUGUCAAGGACUCUAGCGUUUACUGCCUGGACCGAGAGUGCAGACCCCGCGUCCUGGGCAUCGACCCAACCGAAUACCGCUUCAAGCUCGCUCUCGUAAACAGAAAGUACGAAGAGGUUCUACACAUGGUGCGAAACGCCAAGCUCAUCGGCCAGUCCAUAAUCGCCUACCUCCAGAAGAAGGGUUACCCCGAAGUUGCUCUGCAUUUUGUUAAGGACGAGAAGACUAGGUUUGCACUGGCUCUCGAGUGUGGGAACAUUGACGUCGCACUUGAAGCCGCCAGAACGCUGGACGACAAAACCUGUUGGGAGAAACUGGGAGAGGCAGCGUUGUUACAGGGAAAUCACCAGGUGGUUGAAAUGUCGUACCAGCGGACUAAGAAUUUCGACAAGCUCUCUUUCCUGUACCUCAUAACUGGCAACUUGACCAAGCUGCAGAAAAUGCUGAAGAUCGCAGAAAUUCGAAAGGAUGCCAGCGGACAGUUCACCAACGCCCUCUACCUGGGCGACAUGCAGGAGCGUGUCAAGAUCCUCAAGUCCUGCGGACAGGUGUCCUUGGCGUACCUCUGUGCAAAGACCCACGGCCUGACUGAAGAGGCAGAGGCCCUGGCCCCACACAUUCCAAACCUGGAGUCCUUGGGACAACCAGACCCUGAUGCGGAGCUCCUGGUGCCUCCGCCACCUAUCCAACCGUGUGACGAAAACUGGCCUCUCCUGAGCGUCACUCGUGGCUUCUUUGACGGAGUCAGCCACGGAAAGAAGACAGCUAUGGCGGCUGAGGUCACAGAGGCAGAAGCCGAAGGCUGGGGCGACGACGCUGAACUUGCCCUCGACGAAGACGGUGUGUCGGGCGAAUGCAAAGUUGUGGCUGACUCUAUGGAAGCUGGUGAAGGUGGCUGGGACGUUGAUGAAGACCUCGAGUUGCCACCAGAACUGGCAGAAGCUGGCGGCCCUUCCGCCGGAGCCGGCGACGAGGGCUACUUUGUUCCCCCUACACGUGGUGUGUCUCAGGGCCAGCUCUGGGUCAACAACUCCAAGCUCCCAGUGGACCACGUGCUUGCUGGAUCUUUCGAAUCCGCCUGCAGACUCCUCCACGACCAAGUGGGCGCCGUCUGCUUCGAGCCGUUGCGUUCCCUGUUUCUUUCCACGUAUGCACGUUCCCACACAGCCUUCACCGGCCUUCCCCAGCUCCCGUGCCUCUACGGCUAUCCGGUGCGCAAGGACCCAUCCUCAGCCAAGGGAGGCUUACCAGCUGUUGGUUGCAAGCUGUCAGACCUGCUGGACCGUCUUCAGCUCUGCUACCAACUGACCACGUCUGGAAAGUUUGCUGAAGCCGUCGAAAAGUUCCGUUCCCUCCUCCUGUCCGUGCUCCUCCUGGCUGUCGACACGCGGCAAGAAGUGGCGGAAGCGCAGCAGCUUCUCGAAGUCUGCAGGGAGUACGUCAUCGGGCUUUCACUCGAGACCGAACGGAAGAGUCAGCCCAGAGAGACGCUGGACCAGCAGAAGAGGGCGUGCGAGAUGGCCGUGUACUUUACCCACUGCCAGCUGCAGCCAGUGCAUCAGAUCCUAACCCUACGAACGGCCCUGAACCUGUUUUUCAAGCUGAAGAACUACAAGACUGCUGGAUCUCUGGCACGAAGACUCUUAGAGCUGGGGCCACGCCCAGACGUCGCCAGCCAGACGCGCAAGAUCCUGCAGGCGUGCGACAAGACACCCACGGACAUGCACGAGUUGAACUACGACGAGCACAAUCCAUUCUCGCUGUGCGCCAAGACCUACGUGCCCAUCUACAGGGGAAAGCCCGAAGUGCACUGCCCGCUCUGUGGAGCCAGCUACGUGCCAGAGUUCAAGGGCACGGUGUGCACCGUCUGCAGUGUUGCGGAAGUCGGAAAGGAUACGAUCGGCCUGCGUAUCAGCACCAUCCAGUUCCGUUGAGACGAAUCGGACAGGUUCCGUAAGACGGACGCUUAGAGGUCCCACGCCGGAGCUGUCUCGGAAUUCCACUUUCAUUUUCCUUUCGAGGUCCGCUCCAGUGGAUUUGUAUGUAAAGUUAACGCGAUGUUUACACCAGUUGGGUGGCUUGUGGAGAAAUAUGCGUGAAAUAAAAGAUUUUUCUUCACAUG